UGAGCCAAGAUCAUGCCAUUGCACUCCUGCCUGGGUACAGAAUUUCUGAAGUGCUGAGAAAAAAAUAAGGUAACCAGCAUCAACAAUUUUUCCUUUUCAGACUCCUGCUUUAAGAGCCAUAGGGAAUAUUGUCACUGGUACAGAUGAACAGACUCAGGUUGUGACUGAUGCAGGAGCACUCGCUGUCUUUCCCAGCCUGCUCACCAACCCCAAAACUAACAUUCAGAAGGAAGCUACAUGGACAAUGUCAAACAUCACAGCUGGCCAUCAGGACCAGAUACAGCAAGUUGUGAAUCAUGGAUUAGUCCCAUUCCUUGUCAGUGUUCUAAGGCAGAUUUUAAGACACAAAAGGAGGCUGUAUGGGCCGUGACCAACUAUACUAGUGGUGGAACAGUUGAGCAGAUUGUGUACCUCGUUCACUGUGGCAUAAUAGAACCGUUGAUGAACCUCUUUCUUAACUGCAAAAGAUACCAAGAUUAUUCUGUUAUCCUGGAUGCCAUUUCAAAUAUCUUUCAGGCUGCUGAGAAACUGAGAAACUAGGUGAAACUGAGAAACUUAGUAUAAUUAUUGAACUUAGUAUAAUGAUUGAAGAAUGUGGAGGCUUAGACAAAAUUGAAGCUCUGCAAAACCAUGAAAAUGAGUCUGUAUAUAAGGCUUCGUUAAGCUUAAUUGAGGAGUAUUUCUCUGUAGAGGAAGAGGAAGAUCAAAACGUUGUGCCGGAAACUACCUCCGAAGGCUACACUUUCCAAGUUGAGGAUGGGGCUCCUGGGACCUUUACCUUUUAGAUCACGUAGCUGAGGCAUACAUUUGUUGUGUACCAUGUUUGGUAUUUUGUCUUAUUGUUUCUCUACUAAGAACUCUUUUUAAAUGUGGUUUGUUAUUGUAGCACUUUUUACACUGAAACUAUACUUGAACAGUUCCCACUGUACAUACUGUAUGAAGCUUGUCCUCUGACUAGGUUUCUUAUUUCUAUGUGGAAUUUCAUAUCUUGCAGCAUCCUGUAAAUAAACAUUAAAGUCCACCCUUUUCUUUACU